UCGGUCGCAUAGACAUGGCCUUUGAAGCUGCUUCAUCCCCUUCUUCUGCUCAAUCCCUCCCCAAGAAGAAUGAUGUUUUCAUCAGCUUCAGGGGUGAGGACACUCGCUCCAACUUCACUAGCCAUCUUUAUGAUGCUUUUUGCAGAAAACACAUCAGAACCUACAUAGACUACCAACUCGACAAAGGAGAUGAGAUCGCACCAUCACUUCUGCAAGCUAUCGAGGAUUCGUAUGUGUCUGUGGUGGUGUUCUCUAAAAAUUAUGCUUCUUCAAGAUGGUGCUUGGAUGAGCUCACCCAUAUACUCCAUUGCAGAAGGGUUCAAGGACAGACUGUUGUUCCUGUCUUCUAUAAAGUUGAGCCAUCUCAUGUACGCAAUCAGACUGGGGUUUACAAGCAAGCAUUUGAGAGUGAUCUCAAGGUUGACCAACACAAGAUGGACAUGUGGAAGCAAGCUCUUAAUGAAGCUGCAAACUUAGCGGGUCAUGACUCUCACACGUUCAGGUAA